CCACCCCUCCACCCCCGUUCUUCUUCCCCACACCCCACACGCAGUAUCUGGAGUAGAUGCUGCGGACGAGCGUGGAUGAUGUCGCCUGGACCCCCUCCUCAGCCACCGCCGAGGUCCCUCCCGCCGUCCUCUGCCGCCAUGGCCGAUUCCCCGCGUCCGUUCCAUUCCCUCGCCUUUCCGCACCAUCACCAACUACCCCCGCCUUCUCUACACUUCGGCAAUUCUCCGGUUACCGCGCCCCCCAGUUUUCCCGGUCACAUCCUCGCGCCCAUCGCAAUCCCUGGUCCCGGCCUCAAUCUCAUUCAUAGCACAAGCGGCAGCGGGGGAUCGACACCGCCGCGGCACCACUCUGUUCUGCAGCAACCAGGUCUUCUCGCGCACGUUGCACCACCACCACCAUCCCACCACGACCAGCAGCACCCGCAGCACCACCAGCACCACCAGCACCACCAGCACCACCAGCAGCAGCACCACCACCAGCAGCACCAGCCGCACCACCACCAACACCACCACCAGCAGCAGCACCAAUCACCCGCUCCCGUUUCCCAUCCCCAGCCCCAUCCGCAUGUCAAUGGUCGAACCAAUUCGCCGUUCGGCCGUCCGCCGCAUUCCCACCCUACAACCUUCGCACCCUCGACCACUGCACCCACAUUUCCCUCAGCGCCUCCAUACGAUCCAGCCUACGACUCUCGCUACAGUCGUGAACCCGACGAUUGCAGAAGGUCCAGUUUAAGCACCAUGGCUCCGUCACCAACUUUCGCGGGACAGAUGACGUCGUCGGAAGGUAGUGGUAGCUACUCUUCGGGAUUCUCGCUACCUCCCGUCGCUGCCGAGGAAAGUGGUGGCAGUGCGCGUCUCGACGCGCCACCGCUGGGCCGCAGCCAGGGCGGAAAUUAUCAGAUCCAUGUGAGACAACAACCGGCGGCGGCCCGGGCGUGCGGGUUCGGCGAGCGGGACCGGAGAGUGAUCGACCCACCGCCAAUAGUCCAACUCACGAUCAACGAUCCGGUGACCGGGCUCGCGGAUGCGAACGAAAUACGAUACCCGUUUAACGUGAUGCAUUGUACGUUGUGGAGCGAGGACGGCACCACGGAUGAGACCGCGUUGACGGGCGCCGACAAACGCAUAACCCGCAGACUAAUGGGCACAUUGGUUUCGUCGCCGUUCGUGGGGUUGGACGAGGCCGGGAAUGAGGGCUGCUUCUUUUGCUUUCCCGACCUGUCGUGUCGUACACAUGGCAAAUACCGGUUGCGCUUCGUCCUGAUGAGACUGGAACCUUCCGACCUGCAACCCGAGGGUUAUACGCCGGUCAUCACUCAAUGCAUGAGCGACGUGUUUUCGGUCUACACGGCAAAGGAGUUCCCCGGAAUGCGUGCCAGUACCUACCUCACGAAAGCGCUGAAGCGACAGGGUUGCGCCAUCUCCGUCAAGAAGGGGAACGAGAAACCAGUUGAACAGGCGGGCGGCAGUGGAAGGGACGAUGAGAGCGGCGAUGAGGACUCUACGACAGACACAAAACGUCGGCGGAAGACUUGACACUUGUACAAAAAAUAAUGAAGGAUGGUUUCUGGCUGUAUCGUACAUAUAUCUUGUCGGGUUGAUUGACCUCCUUCCCGUCUUUUUCCCUUUCUUUCUCUGUGUCUUUGAUCUUUGUCUCGCUUCCUUAACUU